AUGGCCUACCACCCUCCCCACAAGCGCCAUUUGAGCACCACCGAGCCCGCCCCAACCCCUUCCCCGCCCAUCUUCUCCCUCCAUUCCCUCUCCAUCUCCUCCCCUCGCGGGCGUCAGCGUCACCACACCCCUCCGUCCAACAAGAUCAUCCACGCCGCAGAUUGCGUCUCCCGCUGGUCCCCGCUCCCGCCCUUCUCCGACGACGCUGCAUCUGUCCGCCUUGAGCCGUUCCCCUGCGAUCCCAUUGAGCACAAGACCGGCGCCAAGCCCCUCGUCCUUGCCCUCUCCUCCCCAUCCUCCGGCUCCACGGAGGCCGCGGCCGCGGCCACCGCCAUCGCCGAGAGGUUCUUGCCGGACCUCCUAGAUGCGGCGGAGAGGGCGAGGGCGAGGACGCACGAUGCGCCCCGGGAAGACGAGGAGGCAAAACUGAGUCUGAUGGCAAGGGCCGGCAAGGUCCUGUUCCACUUCCAACCUUUUUGUGGUGGCGGAUUGCCCGUCUCCAUGGACGCCGUGCGCGACCUCGCGGAAGCAGGGACGGAAGGAUCCAAGAGCCAGGUGCGUAAAAAGUUCUACACGAAUCUGCCCAGUGAUUUCUUGGAUGGCAUGGAGCAAUUCGCUGUGAAGACGAUGGAUUUAGAGUUCGUUUCAACAAAAGAGCACUAUCAUGUCAAGGUGUUCGACAAGCAGCGAAGUGAUUCCACGGUGUCUUGCAAAUGCACUGUGCAAGAAGAUGGGAAGCUUGCAAUCGUCAAGGUGUGUUUACCCUUCCGUCCUUUCUUGUACAUUUUGUUUCCAGAACUACCAGGCGUUGGUUAUAUGGGCAUCCUUGAUAAAUAG